AAAUUAUUUAAUUUCACUCGAGUGGAUAUUUAAUACUAAUUAACACGUUUAUGAAUUAUUUUUAUUUUAUCCAAAAGAGUUAGGUCGGCGUUAAAUGUAAGCGUUAAAUAUAGUCGUGCCUAUUCCUUAAUUAUGAAAACAUUUCUAAUCAAAUUUAUCGAGCGUACAAUGCUAACUUAUAUAAUCGAUUUUAUCUAUAUGCUAAUGUAGUUAGAAUAAAAAUUGAUCGAAUAACAGAAUUUACAAAUGACAUAAAAGCGAAUAAGAUAAUUCUCCAAAAAUAAUUACGUUUAUUCUCCUAUGCUAUAUACCGUGCCAUAAGUAUUGCUACAUUUGAUAACAUGAUUAAGUUUAAUUAGUUACACGCGUCUGAGCAUAUUUGUAGUAACGUCCAAAUUUGUUAAAGUUAUAUUUUACAAACAUUUCGAUAAUAUUUGUAUAUAUAACUAUUGCAUGUAUAUCUAGUAAUUAUGUAUAUGUAUAGAACUUAUAAAAAACGACGAUAAUAUAAAUAUAAACGGUGUUUGUAGCAUGCUUUUGGUUAACUUUGACGCAAUAAUUACUAUACUUGAAAGUUCCAUGAUUUGAAAUGACUGUAUUUAAUAUAGCGACUUAUGCGGAACUGUAACCCUGUAUAUCAUUAUAUAUAUAUUAGCUUCUUAUAAAUUUCUUUUUUAUAAAGUUUUUAAUUGUAGUCAAAAUGAUAGAAGAUGCUAUUUAAAGAUUAAACUAUAGUUUAUAAGUAAAUUAUUGCAAUAUUAUAUGCAUUCUAUAAUUAGAACAUUUGUCUUUUAAUUUGUUUCAUAAAUAUGGAAAUGGAAUAAAUUAUUUCUUUUUCCAUUCGCGUAUUUAUAUAAUAUUGUAUUACGAUUAUUAUUAUUUACACAAUGUAUAAUGUUUUGUCUUAAUAAAAUGUCGCCGCAAAUUGUAUUCAAAUGGAUAAAAAUAUUAAUAUUCCCAUAACAAUUGAUAUUCAAAGAGACAAAACAAAACUUAGUUAGCUUUUUCUUAAACAAACAAAACAUCUUCUUUCAAUUCGACAAGUUUGGCCCCCAACAACAUUUAAAUUUAUUACAAAAUUAUGAAGUAGAAAAUUAACAAAUUUGUAAUUCGUUCAAUUUAAGAGAAAAUUAUCAGUAUGUCUGAAAUAGAAACUAUUGAUGCUGCCGAUGUUAUUUGUGGUUUAAAAGCUGCAGUAAAAGCCUUAGAAUGGUUAGUUUGUUAUAACUUAUACCGAUAUUAUUUUCUACCGUAUAUAAAUGUAAUAAUUAUUUGUCUUAAGUUUUUUUUAAAAAGUAUUGCCAUAUAUUGAUCAUAUAGCAAGCAGAAGAUGCAAUUAUUAAAGCAAAAAGCAGAAGAACCGCCAUUAUACAUGAUGAUACCUGUUGAAGAAGUAGUUUUCAAGAAUAAAAGUGGAGGUCCUUACAAAAAAAGGCAAAUUAAACGUACAGUUAGUAGUUUAAAAAGCGAUUACAGAAAAACAUCAGUUUAUAGAAAGAAACCUAGACUAACAGAUUUGAAGUUCCCGGAAAUGCGUGGUGGAGUUUUAUAUUCAAAAUGUAUGUGCUUGCAUAGAAAUGGAUUACAGGACGCGUGUCCACUAACUCAAUGUCAAGGCCAACCACAAUGUCUCGUAAAACCAUGGCCAAUUUGUCCACCUGGAAAAUUCGUUAGAUCUCGUUAUCCAAGACAAUAUCCAGGACAGAAUCCAACGAUACUCGAAUCUGAUGUUAAGAAAUAUUAAACGUUUCAUAAGAAUACAAAGUAUCCUAAUAAAUAUAAUUAGUAUGAAAAAAAGUACAAUGCAUUAUCUAGGCAUCAAAUUUCCAAUGAUGAUAUAAUAUUGUCAUUAUUGUUGCAUUAAAGUUAAUAUGUAUAUAUAACGAAUCACGGUAAUAAAAAUACUUAU